UUGAUUACAAGUUUCCAUUCUGUAUAUUCUGUGUCCUUACGUUCACAUAGACACUACAGUGCUACAGAGAGCAUUUUUUGAAUUUUUAAUUUUUCUAAUUCUAUAGAUAAAUUUGCAGCACUUGAUCUAAAGUAUUAUUUCAAGACAUUUGAACUGGACGAUAUUGAAAUUUAUUGAUUAUCCAAUUGGAUAUGUGUCCAGAGUAGGCAAUCCAUCAUGGAGAAGUAUGUAACUGUACAUACACCGUUGGAACCCGAAAGACUUAUCUACAAAAUUAAGGAUGGCACAUUUGCCGAGGAUAUUCUUAUAAGAUGUUGUAGAGAACUGAAAAUUGGACCAAUUUGUAGACACAUUUUUGCAUUGAGGAUCUGGAAUGCGGACGAAUUCAUCAGUCCUGGAGUUGUUCUUGCGUUGUCUCAGACAACUGAGUUCGAGCUAAGAAUCAGAUUCAAGCUGCCACCGGUCAAGUCACUAAGGAAGUUGGAUGUAAACGCUUAUAAUUACUACUUUCAUCAGGUGCGCAAUGAUAUUAUCGAUAAUAAGGUGCCAGAUAUUAGCUAUGACAAGUACAAGGACGAAUUGGUCGGGCUGGCAGUCACUGAUAUGUAUCGGGUCAUUGUGGAGACCGGGCACAAUAGGCAUGAGAUAGAAAAUGAUUACAAGAAAUUCAUCCCGAAAGAAAUCAAAAAGCGACACUAUUUUCAUGUGAAGAAAUUGAUACGCGACAGCCUAACUACACUAAUCAACCAUAACUAUAACUCGGAUCGAGUGCGGAGCGCCUAUCUGAGUAAUUUUGAAGACAUGGCUCCGAACUAUUUGUGCGAACAGUACGAGGCUUUGAUUGAUGACGCAGGCAAGAAUGAACGAAGAGUUACACUCAAAGUGGAUCCCUACCACCGAGACCAGCCUGGCUUGAGAUGUCGUUAUGACGGCAAAUCUGAAUACCACCAUCUUUGUUCAAUAGAAGAGCUAUGCUUUAUAUCGGUGAAUAUGAAGAGCUACGAAGCCGAAAUAUCGAGAAAGUCUGGAAUACCCAUCUACCUGAGAUUUGAGACCGAGAGAUCGUUUCUGUCUUUCAUGAGUCUUCUUGACGGUUAUUAUCGACUUAUGGUGAUUUGGACUUUCAAUCUGUGCAACAAUUUUCAAACUCCGUCCCUUCAAAGUCUGAAUGCUAUCAAGUGUCAUGGACCUGUCGGUGGCGAAUUCUCAUAUGCAAAACUUUCUGAAAAGAGAAACAACGCCGAAGGCUGCUUUAUUUUACGAGAGAGCGAAACUGCUUAUGAUACCUAUUACAUGGAUGUCUGCACAAAUAAGAGUCCAAACCCCACCUCUUACAAAAUAGAGAUGAAAGGACCCGAGGAUUACAUACUCGAUGGUGGCAUGAGCUAUCCUUCUAUUAAGCUAUUAAUAGCAAGUCUGAGGCAACCUGAUAGUUCAAUAGUCCUCAAGGAGUGUUUACCGCCUUCUGAGUAUGAUGAUUCACCUCUACUAUUAUGCAAGACUGUAGAUGAGUGUGUCGACGUUUUCGGUUUCAAUGUCAGUAUGAAUUUGAAUCAGCCAUAUUGCAUAAAUACGAAGCAUCUACAAGUUUACAAAGGCCGUAAGAAAGAAGGACAUCGUAAAAUGACUAUUGUAUACAGAGGAGUUUACAGGUAUCAAAAGAAUAAAAAAAUGGAUGUAGCACUGAAGGUACUGAAGCCUGAGCACAAUUCGCAUCUUCCAGAAUUCCUUGAGUUGGCCGGGAAGUGGGCAUUCAUCCAGCCCAGCGCCAUAGUGAAGCUGCUAGGGGUGACAAUGAACUCGCCCGUGUCAAUGGUCACUGAGUAUUUCCCUCUGGGCACCCUCGACCACUACUUGAGGAGGAACAUGGACGCCCUCAAGGUGGUGGAUCUGGUCGAAGCGUCCACGUCUCUUGCUACAGCCGUCUGGCAUUUGAAAGAAGGAGGCAUAGUUCACGGCAACAUCAGAUGUCGGAAACUGUUGGUGGCCGCCCACACUUCCAGCUCGUUCUGCGUUCGCCUGUCCGAUCCUGGUUUGCCCAGUCUUCCCUACUCCAGUGCCGACAUCCCAUGGAUUCCAGUGGAAUGCUAUGGCAAUGUGAAGAAUGUUCGAACACUUGCCGAAGCCGACAUGUGGGCGAUGGGAACAACAUUAUGGGAAAUCUUCUCCUACGGCAGCUCUCCACCCAAUGACAACCCUGAGCAAAUGAUCACGUUUUACAGAAAAGGAAAACGACUGCCCAUGCCAGGAAAAUGUCUCAACACAAUUUAUGACAUAAUGUUAUCUUGUUGGAAUGUUGACGUACAUCAUAGAAAGAAAGCUCAAGAAGCAGUGCGAGAUAUUAACAGGAUCUGGUAUCAAGUGUUCAACUCUCGUCGAGUGAACUCGUAUGCUCCUGUCCAAAAUCAUUAUGCUUCUCUCAAUAUCGAUGAUACCGAAGCAUCAAUGAGCAAUGGCACGUCGGUCACUGAGAAUCUUACCUCACUUCUUACAAUGUCCGAAGCUAGUUCAAAGGUGAACUGGAUGGGUGGAGUCCUUGUUAAUCAAAGUAAUGGCUGGGGGGACGAAAACCAACUGCUUCUCAAUGACUCUAGGGCAAGCAGUAUGAGUCAACUGGAGGUGUACAACAUGGAUGUUUCGUCGAUUCUGUCGCAGUUGGACUCAAGAUCAGCGCCCGACUCUGAAGACAGUGUCACGCGGCUGCAACUCCAAGAACUCUUGGAACUCAAUGGAAAGUACAAUGUUGUUCUCAACGGCAAAAUUGGACAAGGAAACUAUGGUGAGGUGUAUAGAGGUACGAUGGCCCCAUUCAACGACUGUGAUCGUGGCAAAGGCGACGGUCAGCUUGUCGCUGUCAAAAAACUCAUCACCACUGACUUCACAGCCGAUAUUCACAGAGAUUUCAUGAGAGAAAUAACUAUCAUGCAGUGCCUGAAACAUGAAAAUAUUGUUGGAAUUAAAGGCGUCAUCUCAGAAGGGUACGAGAUAAGCCUAGUAAUGGAAUAUGUGAAACAUGGUUCAUUAGAAUCUUACUUGAAACACUACAGGGAUAUUUUGGAUCCUUACAAACACCUGUUAAAAUUUGCUAGUGAUAUUGCUCAGGGUAUGAAAUAUCUGGGAGAGCGAAACAUUGUGCAUAGAGAUUUGGCAGCAAGGAAUAUUUUAGUAGCAAAUGAGUUUCAAGUGAAAAUUUCCGAUUUUGGAUUGGCACAGACGAUUGGAAACAACGAUUACUACAUCAUUAAAACAAGACGUUAUCUGCCUAUCAAAUGGUACGCGCCGGAAUCGCUGCGCAGUGGCAAGUACUCGACACGCACGGACGUGUGGUCGUUUGGGGUGACGCUGUGGGAGAUGUUCUCGUUGGGCGAGGAUCCGCGCCUGCGCUUCGGCGCGAACGGCGGCGGCUCGGACCAGCCGGAUGAGAUCCUGUGGGCUCUCGACCAGGGAGUGCGGCUGCCCUGUCCCGACACGUGUCCGCCCCAUAUACACGUGCAACUGGUGCAUCCCUGCUGGAAGGCCGACCCCCAUCUCAGGCCCACCUUCGACGAUCUCUCUCGCACCAUCGCCCAACUGCGCAGUCAGCACGCCGACAACAACUGCGACCUCAUUCAGUUCUCGUCGGGUACUACCAACUGAAAUGUUUCCGUCUUCAUCGACUGUCAUGGGGCGAUUACAUGUGGCCAGUUUACUAGCUCCUAAACAGAUACUAAUUAGCUCCGUGAAAUCCUUGACUUGCCAACUAGCAGCUAGUAACCAGCUAGUUAAGAAGCUGGGGAAGACCGGUCAACAUUACUCGCUACUCGCCGGUGUUUGAGCGAGCUAGCUAAUAAUACUAGCUUCUAAACAGCUAUUUUUCUAUUUGAUACCAACCACCUCCGUGAAAUCCUAUACUAGCAAACUAGCAGGCUAGUAACCAGCUAGUAAAGGAGUUGGGGAGAAAAGUUGAGUUGAAGACAGGUCAUCGUUACUCGCUACUCGCCGGCGUUUGGGCGAGCUAGCUAAUAGAGUAUCCGUGUUUAAAGAGAGUUGCUAGUUGAAAAACGUCAAUUGGCAAGCCAGUUGUGGGGUAAAUGUGUGAAAAACUGGUUUAAGCCGAAGUUGGAGAGUAAGCGAGUGACAAGACACAUGUGAAUCGUCAACUACCGCAUACACUGACUAGCUGGCUAGUGGCUAGUAAAUUCUGAUAAAUGUCUUCGCUUCCUUCUACCCUUCGCCUACCUUUCUUGUCUCCUAUUCAGAUGUCAAGGCUUGGGUGCUUAGAAUUUUGUAUUUAAUUUAUAGAAACUAUGGUUAAUAGAGGGGAUAAGCUGGGAUUGUCGAUUUUGAAGUUACCGCAAGUUUGAUCUGCCAGUUGUUCAAUCUACAGAAUAGUAUUGCACAGUAUGUGUGUAUCAAACUAUACAGGUUGAUAAUUUAUAAUCUUGUUGAAUUCAACUCAUAUAAAUGUUGCUCUCUGUAUGUGAUAUGAUACAAAUUUAACGUAAUGUUUUCGACCAAAUGUCCUGAUAUGUUAUAGAGGCCUAUAUGGUUGAUUUAAAGUUAUCUGAUCUCGGCCUAAACCGCUUUGCUGCUGAUUUUCAUCCUGUCAGCUUUAAUAUGCAAACGUAUAUAGUUCUUCCUUAUUAUUAUUUUAUCUCAAUAAAUGUAAGCUACAUUCUUGAAGUGCGUACAGAUAUACGCGCCUCCAAAACGCUCCGCAAUCGCUCCAAUCAAGAACGUUACGGGAGAUGUUAGCUCUUCUCGUGUUCCACUCUUGCUCCCCGGUCGAUCAUUAAUCGAUCUGCUCGAGUGACGUUCGAUUGCGGAGCAGAGAAAAAGUGUGUACGCACCUUUACACAUUAUCGAAAAGUAUGCGUAAUCUGCUUGUGACAACGCAAAUACAUAUAUCUUUGUUUAGAAAAGUAGGCUUAGUCUUGGUGUGUUGAAGCGAUGUAAGUUUUCAUCAAGACAAGAGGCAUUAACCAAUUAUUCUGGUUUCAAUUCGUGAUUCUAUUUGUCAGCCGAUUUUUUAUCAGUUGUGUUUUUUUGAAAAACUAAAGCUUUGAAACUUUUCAUUUGUUCGGAAUUGACCGAUCAAAUUGCACAAUAUUUGAUCAGUUACAUUGAGUUCACUCAAUAAUUUCAUAAAUAUUUCCUAAAUAACGUAAGCACAGCUUGAAGAAAAUAUAUAGAUUAUUUACACAUUAUUUAUAUACGAGUAUUAUCACAGAAUUAAUUCACAUUAAUGGCUCUGUCUAUUUUAUGACUCUGUACAUGGCAGGAAAAGGUUGCAGUUUUUCCAGGUUAAGUGACAGUGCCGUUGAAUUUCCAUGCGCUUGCCACGAAUCAUUCGUCAGUUACAAUAUUGUCUUACCACUCACUUCUACUGCCGAUUAAAAAAUAUGUAGUGUUAUCCGUUUCCAACGGGAAAGAAUAAAAGUUUUACUGAAACCGCUAGUUGUGUAGUAUGCAAGCCUAAUUUCAACAUUUGGAGAGAGUUUCUAAUGAAUUUUGUCAAGCUUAAGGCAACGGUCAAUGUCUUCGGACAUCUUCGACAAUGUCUCGGGGACGUGUCGUGGAUGGACGGCCGCUGUGUUGUUAGUUGUUGAUGUUAUUCUUCCUCUAACAGAAGAUUGACACAAACUAGAAACAAUUGACAUUGAGAUAACGUCGCCACCAUACACACUACAACUCGCGGUGAAUUUCAGUCGCACUUUUAUUGUUUCCCGUUGAAAAACUGAUUAUACCUACGAAUUCUACCAACAAAUUGAACAAUUCUACCUACGAAUUGUUUAAUUGACGGUAGAAGUGAUCAGUAGUUCCAUAAUAGAUUGGUCCUAACUGACGAAUGAAUCAUGCAUGACAACCGCAUGAAACUAUCGCAGGACCGCCUUUAACUGGAAGAAAGUUUCCUGAAAAUCAGUCUUUUCCUGUCAAGUACAGAGUCAUAAUAUAGUGUGACGUAAUUCUGUGAAAAUCCUCAAUUUCAUAGACAUGAAGUCAAGUAACCAAAAUUUACCCAUAAAGCUCGAAUGUUUUUGAAAAUUUGAGUGGUGUUGUUCGAUUCAAAUCUACUCAAGACACAAAACUGAUUUUGCACAAAAUUGUUAUUUUCCGAGAUCACUUAAUCGAGUGUUUUGUAAAUAUUGAAAGUGUUUUGUAGUUGUUAUUUAGUGAAAUUUUAACCUUUUACAAAAAUGAUUUCUCGU